AUGGCGCCCGCCCCCGAGGCCCCCAGGCUCCCCGCCUCGGCCGACUUCAAUGCCAUCUACAACCGCAUCUCCCUCGCCUCCGCCAAGCAGGCGACCUUCCUCGCCUCGAUGCGCGCAAAGUACCCCUCCCUCGCGCGGCCGGCGUCCGUCCCCCCUUCCUCCUCCGCCGUCGCGGCGAACGGCACCUUCUCCUCCCUCGCGAAGCCCGACCCGUCCUCCGACUCCCGCGGCCCCGCCGUAACCCCCCGGGGACCCCGAGACGACGACAUCCGCCUCGAGAACCCCAACGCGGGGCUGGGCUACGCCGCCCCCAAGUCCGAAAACGCCGCCUCGGCCGCCACCCGCGACCUGAGCCGCCGCCUGCUGGGCGGCAAGCGGGGCCGCGCCGACGACUCCAAGGCCGCCGCCGCCGCACUCGCCAAGCGCAGGCUCCAAGACGACGAGAGCGAGGAAGAAGAAGGGCGCAGCGGCCUGGGACGGAGCAAGAAGAGGCGGGUCCGGCAGGAGACUCCCGAGGCGGAGCCAUCUCCGACGACCACGACCGUGCCCGCACCCGAACCCGAAAACAAUGCGGCAGAGGACGAAAGGGCAGACGUCGCGAUGCGCGAGACCGCCGAAACGGAAAACGGGGAGGAGAGCAGCUCUGCCGCUUCGGCCAAGGACGCUGCUGCUACUGCUGUUGCUGCUGCUGCGCCCGUUGGCCCCGCCGGACCCGACAACCGGCCCGCGACGGGCGAGACCUCCAAGAAGAGACGGAAGAAAAACAGGAACAAGCAGAACAAGGCUGCGGCUAAGGCUGCGGCGGAUGGAACGAAAGAAGAUGACUAA